UUAGGUUUUCUGCUAAUUUUCGGCAUUUUUAAUUGUAUUUUAGCCAAGAGUUAUGAAAAAUACUGCGAAACAAAAAUUGCUUCACAAAAUCCUGGUUGAUCUGUCACUUUACGCACCUAUUUACACCUUUUCGCAAAGGGGGCUUUCCCAUAAAAGCCUCGUAAACUUGCGAGUAUGUAUGUAUGUAGCCCGAACACAAUCACCCCUAUUCCAAAUAAAUUGCGAAAAACGAAUUCGCCGGGAAUUCAUUUCCCCCCUGGAACGGAAUAUCGUAUCAUGAACUCCGGGCGAAAAUUGUUUCACUUCGAAACAUAGGUCAUAAUUCGAACAUCAACAGCUCUUCUUACAAAAGCUGAUUUUUGCCAACAGUACGCAUAAUUAUACUUAUAAAUAAGUUUUGAGAGUUUUUAUUAAUAUUGGAGUAAUAUUAAACAAAAAUGUAUCGCAUAGCUUUACGCUCACUAAUUGAAAAAAAUAGAGAAGUGGAAAAUGGUCAAAUCGGAAGAAUGAUUCGCCGGAACUUAAGAGAUCACUCUAAUCUUCUGGAUUUCCCAAAUGAAUUGUAAAAUUUGCUAGUUUACUUAUACAGGUAUUUGUUAAUCUAAAGAUAUUAUUGUUUAUAGGUUUGGCCAGCACUAUAGGGUAAAUAAAUCCGUAUUUAGAUGAGGUAAAGUUGGCAUUGCCAAAAGGCAGAAAAGCAUUUGCUAUCCCCAUGCAUAUAAAACUUGCGGCGUGCUUGAGGUUUUUUGCUGAAGGAGGGUACCAAAAAGGAAUUGCUCGAGAUAGAGAAAUUUCAUUGGCACAGUCUUCUUUCAGCAAGGUGUUAGCAGAGGUAUUGGACGCACUUCAACGUAAAUUGUGUCCAAAAUGGAUAAAAUGGCCUACACGUGAGGAGAGAAGAGAUAUUUCUCAACAUUUUUAUAUGAAGUAUAGGAUACCCGGGGGACACAUGUUGGCAUUAUUGCUCCAGAACAAAAUAAGCAUUUAUAUUGUAACCGAAAGGGAUUUUACAGUUUAAACGUCAUGAUCGUAUGCGACGAUGAAGAAAGAAUACGGUGCGUAGAUGCCAAGCAUCCCGGAUCAUGUCAAGACUCGAGAAUUUGGACAACAAGCCAAUGUAGAGAGGUGUUGCAAAGAGAAAUUUCUGGCAGUCAUUCGAAUAUGUGGCUUUUAGGGGAUGCUGGAUAUGCAUUAGAGCCUUGGCUGAUGACAUCCUUCAGGAGCCCUCAACUGGGCUCUACUCAGCACAAUUUUAACGAUGUGCACGCGAAAUCCGAAAUAUAGUGGAGAGGACCAUCGGUGUACUUAAAAAUCAUUGGAGGUAUUUGUUAGCAGCUAGACAACUUCACUAUUGCCCAAAGAAAUCAGUUAAAGUAACGAAUGUUUGUUCAGCCCUACAUAAUAUUUGCUUCGCAUACAAAAGCAUUUACGAGGCAACUUCCGUCGAUGAACAUACAACCAAUGAGCAGCAAGGUGAAGAAGAACCUGCAGAAAAUUUUGUACUUUAGGAUGCUGCCCAACGCAUCCGCUCAAAUAUUUGUAACAAUUUAUAAAUUUAAUUACGUACCAUAUCUCAGACCUCCUGCCUCAAUUAUUGCCGAAGUCAAAUUUAGUUAUGACCGGUCAAGCGGAUUUUUAAUGGUUUUUUUCUGACUGCAUUACGCAUUAAAAGUUUAUUCGGCAAAUUUUUUGUAUGAAAAAAUGCGAAAUACACUCAGAAAAUUCACGCGAUUUUUUAGCAACUUAAAAC